GCCUAAAAGGGAGUUGCCACUUGCCAGGUUGUUCCAGCUCCCGCAGGAGUAGGACGAAAAGUGUGUCUGUGCAUAAAUAUCCAAUAUUUACCUGCAGAGUUGGGUGUUGCUGUUAGUAAGACACAAUGCCGUGGCAUGUUCUUAAUGAAAAUCCUUGUCCACCACCGCGGAAGCCUGAUGAUUAUGGGAAAGGAGAACUGAUUGAACUAACUACCAACUUCUUUGAGGUCACAAUGAAGAAUCCCAACAAAAAUAUAGUUCAUUAUGAUGUGGACAUCAAAUUGCCUAACAACAUGCCUGUCACAUUGCCAAAGAAGAAGCGCAUGUUAAUAUUUCAACAAAUGAGAACUGCAUAUCCCAAAGUCUUCAGGAAAGAAGUACUAGGCUUUGAUUCAGAGAAGAAUGCCUAUACCUUACAACCUUUGUUCAAAGAAAACAAAGAGGUCCCUGGAAAGAAAUUUGAGGUUGAUUUACCAGAUGGAGGGAGAAAUCAAAAAUUCAUUGUUACUCUAAAAGCUGUCAACUGUGAAAACCUCUCAGUUUUGGCAAAUGCAUUGAAGGCCAAAACUGCUGACAGGGCAAUACCACAGACCAUUAUACAGAUGCUGGAAGUGAUAUUCCAACACAACAUGACUGUGCGUUAUGAGAGAAUUGGUCGUGAUAGAAUGUUCUCGACAGAAAAGGUUUUUGGAGACUCCUUUGACAUAGGUGGGGGUAAAGAGGCCUUGAUUGGUUUUUUUGGCUCUUUAAGGCCUGUUGGCUGGAAGGAAAACACAAUGCUUCUGAAUGUUGAUGUGGUGAAUGCUGCCUUUUACAAAGAACAGAAUGUUAUCAGCUUCAUCAAAGAACUUCUUGAUCUAGGGGAUCAAGAUCUCAAUCACCCACUUCAUAAUAAUCAAAGAAGGAAGAUUACCAGCAGUUUGAGAAAGAUUAAGAUUCAAGUUCUUCAUACUGACAUACCUCGAACCUACAAAGUACACGAAAUGGGGGACCUUGGGGCUGAUCGUCAAACCUUUCCUUUGGAGACUUCAGGUGGCAAGACUACUACAUCCACAGUGCAAGAAUACUUCCGCACAAAGUAUCGUAUAAAUCUGAGGUACCCACACUUAAACUGCUUGCAAGUUGGCCCACCAAACAGAAACAUCUAUCUACCUGUUGAGUGCUGCAAGAUUGCAAAAGGACAGAAGGUACUGGGAAAAUUGAAUGAUAAAGAGACUGCAAAGUUCAUCCGCAACACUGCCAAAAAUCCUAGCCAAAGACUUGCACACAUCAACAGAAUGGUCCAGCAACAGAAGUUUUCAUAUGAUCCAAAUUUACAAGGUCUAGAAUUCUCCAUAUCAGACAAGCCGGUGUGUGUUAAAGGACAUAUUCUGAAGCCACCACAGUUGCUUAUGAAUAAAGAGCUCUCACCAAAAAAAGGAGUGUGGGACAUCAGAGGUAAUGCUUUCUACAAGGGUGCUGAUUUGACUUGUUGGGCUGUCAUCAAUUACAACUGUGGAUUCAUCAGAGAUGAAAUGUUGAGGCCUUUUAUUGCAAAUAUAAGAAAAAUGGGCAAGGAGCGUGGGAUGACCAUAAAUGACCCAGCACUUAUAUACAGUGGCCGCAGUCCUGCACCUGAGAGAGACCUUCCUAAUGUUAAGUUGAGAUUACCUGAUGUUCAAUUGAUCAUGGUUGUUCUGCCAAGAGAUGGAGACUACUACGCACGUGUAAAGAAAAUAGGAGAUCGUGGAAUCAAGGUUCUUACACAGUGUGUACAAGGUCAGAAUGUGAAAAGAAAUGAAGCACCUGUUGUGGGUAACCUUUUGUUGAAGAUCAAUGCCAAGAUUGGAGGCAUCAAUAAUAUUCUUGGAAAGCAGCAGCACCUUCUGGUAUUCAACCAACCUGUCAUGAUCAUGGGUGCUGAUGUCAACCAUCCUCCAGCACAUGACAAAGCCACACCUUCCCUGGCAGCAGUUGUGGCUUCCAUUGACCGCUAUGCUUCAGCAUAUGCUGUGGAAGUUCGUCACCAGAAACACCGAACUGAAAUGAUUCAGGAACUAAAAGAAAUGACUAUAAAUCUACUCAAGGCAUUUUAUCGAAAAACAAGGAGGAAACCAGAGAGGAUUGUAAUGUUCCGUGAUGGAGUGAGUGAAUCGCAGUUCCUGGAAGUCUUAUCUUUUGAGCUUAAAGCUAUGAGGAGUGCUUGUACAGAGCUGGAGAAAGAAUAUAAACCAUCCAUGACAUUCAUCGUAGUCCAAAAAAGACAUCAUACAAGGUUGUUCUGCAAUGAACGUGAAGGGGUAGGGAGGUCUGGCAAUGUUCCUCCAGGCACAACAGUGGACCACACCAUCACUCAUCCAACUCAGAAAGACUUCUACCUUUGCUCCCACCAGGGCAUCAUUGGAACCAGCCGCCCUACACAUUACCAUGUGCUGUGGGAUGACAGUGACCUGCCAAUGGAGUUGCUACAGAAUCUAACGUAUGCCAUGUGUCACCUUUACUCCCGGUGCACUCGCUCAGU